AUGUUCUUCGGUAAAUCAACUGUCGUAGCUGCUCUCGCUGCUCUCACUUUCGCUACUGCUGCUCCUUCUCUCGAGAAGAAAGACCAAAACUCAGGUACUGCUACCUACUACGCUGCUGGAUUGGGAGCUUGUGGAUGGACCAACUCCGGUUCCGACUACGUCGUUGCUGUCAACUCUGCUCAAUACGACGGAUCUAAGUGCGGUAGCAAGCUUUGGGUAUGGAACCCCGCUACCUCCACUAUCGCUUUCCCCACCGUAGCCGAUGAGUGCCCAUCAUGUAACUCGGGUGAUCUCGACAUGUCUGAAGGUCUUUUCGGUCACCUUACCAACAACAACUUUGACCUCGGUGUCUUCGAAAUGCAAUGGGGUUACUUAUAA